UGAUCCAAACAUUGCUAUUACAAACUAAAAAAAACACAGAUUCGCGUGCAUUUCAUAAACCAUGUGUUCACGUAGUUUGAUUAUGUCUUAAACCAUUUGAAAUGUCUGUCUUGCGCAGAGCUAAAACAUGGGAAAUAUCAGAAUCUGAGGAGGAAACCGACGCCGAGACAAAGCCCGAUUUAAACAGUGAUGAGAGCAGUCAAACAGCAACAAGAGUCAGGUCAGACUUGAAAGAGGAUCCGAGUCCAGACCACAAAUGCAAAACCACGUCAGCAACGAAACGUGAGUCUAGUCAGACUUCUUCUUUGCCUCCUCCGCGACCAGAUGGGUCCGGCACACCGAGUCCGGCGAGAAAACGCCGCACCAAGGAGGAGAUAGAGGCGGACAGACAGAAAGCCAAGGAGAGGAAGGAGGAGAGAGACAGACAGAGAGCAGCCAAAGCUCAGGAGAAGGAGGAGAGGAGACAGGAGCAGCAGAGGAGGAGAGAGGCUGCUGAGAAUCUCAAGAGUCUCAGGCCGGAGAACUGCCUCAAGUGUCUGACUGUCCGCAUUGAUCCAGCUCUGCUGCAAGAGGAUGGCUCAGACAUCUUGCUGGACACUCUGGCUACCUUUGAGUGGAGGUUUAGCAUUGAGAGCCAGCAGGUUCCUCACAGCAUCACCUGGACCCGAGAUUUACCUCAGUUUUGUCUUCAGCAGGGAGGAGAUGCCGUGGGCUCAGUGGAGGAGGAGCAAGUGGUGCUGUUGCUGGGUCUGACUGACUUCAUGGACAUGGUGAUCUCUGUGAAGAAAAUGCUAGACAGUGAAGGGGAGGAGACAGGGAUGGGGUCUUUUCUCUGUCCUCUUUUGGAGUGUCUCAACCGUGAUGCCAAGAAGGUUGUCACUCUCUUAGUGACAGGCUCUCAGCCAGAUUACAGGACAAAUGCUUGUGAUGUGCAGUCUAAACUGGGAAUGGAGAAUCUGGACAUUGAGGAGGUUCUUGUUUACCUACAGCUCUGCAAGAAUAUCUCACUGGUCUUCCUGGAUGGCUGGGAGGAGGUCACUAACCACGUGUGUGCUGUCACCAAGGCCUUAUCAAAACGGCCUUUCAAACUCCUGACAGAGGGAGCUGAGCUGCCCUUCUGUGUGGACGGUUCGUGGGCCAGCGGGGCUCGAGUAGAGAGGGAUGGCUCGGGGUUGAUCCAGGUCUGGACCAAACAGAUCCAACAGCUGAACAGAGUCAGCCCCACUGUGGCCUCCACAGUGACUGCAGCCUACCCGUCCCCUCAGCUGCUGCUGCAGGCAUACCAGAACUUGGGAUCAGAGGAGGAGAAGAAGAGGCUGCUGGCUGGUCUCAUAGUGAAAAGCGGAGGUAAAGAGAGACGUAUUGGACCCGAGUUAUCAGCCAGAGUUUACCGCUGCCUCACAGCCCAGAACCCCCAGCUGGUCCUGGAUUAAGUUGUCCACUUGAAAAUGAGAUGGAUGGAUAUCAGCGAGAAUCAAUCUGGUGUCUAUUGACACUUUGUCACCACUUGGCUGCUAACAUGUAAAUGUUGAUGUUUACAAGCUAAAAAUAUGCCUUAGAUAUCAUGAUCGCCUUCCAGGAAAGCACUAUUUAUAUCCAUCUGCCCCUCUGCAGAUUCAAGGAACAGAUUAUGUUAAUAGAAUAUAUUUUGUAAAAUAAGGAAUUACAUAAUGUAUAUUAUUUGUAAAACAAUAUUCUAGUAUAUUAUGUAUAAAUACAAGUUGUGCAAUUAAAGGGACUUCA